AUGCAAGAAUAUUAUCUUGGGAAUGAUUCACAGUACGUUACAAAUUUACAUGAAAUCGGUCAUGGUACAUUUUCAAUUGUUUAUCAAGGAAAACUAAAAGAUUCAGGCCAAGGAAUCGCAAUAAAAAAAAUUACCGCCGAUAUUACUGAAGAAAUCUUUCGUCGAGAAAUUAAUAACAUGUGCAGUUCAGAUCAUCCUAAUAUAGUAAAAAUAUACGAUGCAUUUCUUCAAGACAAAUUUCCUUAUAUAAUUUUGCAAUACUGCGCUAAUGGAACAUUAUCGCAAAGAUUAGAAACAUUAGAUAAUUAUUCUGAUGACGAUGCUAGACUUAUUCUAAAGAGUGUUUUAGAAGCGGUUUCUUAUUUACAUAGCCAUCAUAUUAUUCACAGAGAUAUUAAAGCGGAAAAUAUAUACUUUGAUGAAAAUGAUAAUGUCCUCUUAGGUGACUUCGGUUCUUCAAAGUUUAUUGCUAAUGAUACUGCACAAUCUUUAGUCGGAACGAUGGACUACAUAGCACCUGAAGUUAUUGAAAGCAAUAUAUCAGGAACAAAUUAUAAUGAAAAAGCUGAUAUUUGGAGUAUCGGAAUCCUGACAUUUUACCUAAUCGAAAAACAUUUUCCUUUCCAAGUAAGUAAUUACAGAGUAAGCCCUGAUAUGACCGAUGGAUCGUAUAAAAAUGAAUUUUAUCUCUCACAUUCUGAUAAAAUACUAGAUUUCAUUGAUAAAUGCCUACAACCUAAUCCUGAUGAUAGGCCAGAUGCAGCUGAAUUACUUAAACAUCCGUAUAUUACUGGAUAA